AUGCAUCGCACGUACUCUAUGCGCCAGACGCGCGUUCCCACGGCGUCGCAGAUUGAGAACCCUCCUCCGCCAUUGUCGUCUACCAAGACCAACAGAUGGCUCGGGAAAGGUGGACUGGGCCAUGCCUUCCGCAAGAAUGCCGCCGGUGCCUUUGGACCUGAUCUCGCUAGGAAGCUGUCUCAGCUCGUCAAGAUGGAGAAGAACGUCAUGCGUAGCAUGGAAAUGGUCGCUAGAGAGCGUAUGGAAGCUGCUCAACAACUCUCCAUCUGGGGUGAAAACUGCGAUGAAGAUGUCUCUGAUGUGACAGACAAGCUUGGUGUCCUGCUCUACGAGAUCGGAGAGCUCGAAGAUCUUUUUGUCGAUCGUUACGAUCAGUACCGUGUCACCAUCAAGAGCAUUCGGAACAUUGAGGCUUCCGUUCAGCCUAGCCGGGACCGCAAGCAGAAGAUCACCGAUGAGAUUGCCAAGCUCAAGUACAAGGACCCUAGCUCUCCUCGCAUCGUGGUCCUCGAGCAGGAGCUGGUUCGCGCGGAGGCCGAAUCCCUGGUGGCUGAGGCGCAGCUCUCCAACAUCACCCGGGAGAAGCUCAAGGCAGCCUUCCAGUACCAGUUCGAUGCGCUUCGCGAACACUGCGAGAAGGUCGCUAUCAUCGCCGGAUACGGCAAGCACCUCCUGGACCUCGUCGAUGACACCCCCGUAACUCCGGGCGAGACUCGCCAGGGUUACGACGGCUACGAGGCCAGCAAAGCCAUCAUCCAGGACUGCGAAGAGGCCCUCACCAACUGGGUCCAGUCCAAGGCGGCCGUUAAGCCCAGCCUGUCGACGCGGUCCCGCUCACUGUCUCAGCGAACCCGUGAGAAGACCCGCGAGGGUCACGACCUGUCCGAGCAGGACCAGCCCAUGAGAGGUGAUCGGGACUCAUGGGUCCCCGCCGGCCAGCACCCAAGCUAUGGAGAAGACGGCGAGGAAGUCUCCAGCACCGUGGACGUCGAGACCCGGGGCCGAGAAGAGACGAGAGAUGCGGUCGCUGCUGCCUAG